AUGAAGAGUUGGUUGCUGCAGCUUCUGCUCCUCAGCUCUGUCCGAUACCUCGAUGCGGCGACGUUGAGGAGGAGUCGGAUGACCACCGCAGAGCAGAAGAUGUCGGCGCGCAUGAAGGCCAUGGCGCCAGAGAAGGCGACGCUUAUGAACAUGGAGGCCUCCGUCCUGAAUAUGGCUCGAUUAGCCGAAUCGGGGAAGGGGGCCGCCUCCGCAACAAAUCUCACGGAUUUCCUCAAAGAGAUCCAGCAGCUCAUCCAGAAUAGCAUGAAGAAGAGCAUCCUGGUGCGUAUGAACCAGACACAGAUAGAUCUCGAUGAGGCUUGGGCCAACCUCAGUACUUGCACGCACCCCAACGACACGCAGUUUGUGGAAGAGUUGGCUGAGCUAGAUGCAAAGCACAUCCAGUGCCGCCAGUCUGAGGCCAACCUUUACAACAAUUUUCAAACAACCUGUGUGCUGGGCUGGAAGAUUUACACAGAACGGAUCCAUGCACUCUGCGCUGCCUACAUGCAGUCCCAAGACAUCCCAAACCCAACAAGUACUUGCGUCAUGGGCGGGGACACACCAGUUCCGACCAUUGGGAACUACCUGAAGGAUAUGGCCGCGCACUUUAGGGGGGAGUAUGAGGCAGUGGUUGAGAAGCGUCUCAAGUGCCAAAAUGCAUCCAGCACACCCUUCGUCAAUCUGGAGCUCUGCAAACAGAUGAUGUGCCAGUACUGGGAUACCAGGAUGGAGUGUUCCAAGACGCAGGCGUCUUUCGAACAGCGAGCCUGCGAUGUUCAUAAGACAUACACUUGCAGCAAAUUUGCGGAAUGUUAUACGGAGAGGAGAGACAUCUAUCAGGACAUUCAAAGCCUGGCAGAGCAAACAGAGGUCACUGCCAAGGUAGAGUGGCGGAUGGUUAACCGGAUUGAGUGCUACAUUGCUGCCUUGGGCCAGCCGAAAGAUGGAUUAGCCGAAGCUAUUGAUACCUGCAAGGGCAAGAUCUUCUCCGCCAGUUCUGUGGAGCUUGUCUACAAGGGCCCUGCCCCUGCACAGCGAGAAUGUACGGAGGUCUUCCUUCCGCCUGGAUCCGCGGUAUUCUCCUCCACCUGGUACCAUGCAGUCCCUAGCGUCGAGGCAGAGUGCACGAUUGAAGCAAUCCUCCGACUUCCAAUCUCCAGACUGGCACUGGAGACUCAGAGCCUGGAGAUUGCUGCCUUGAACGAUGCAGGCCAAGUUGUGGCCAAGCACGCCUUCCAACUGCAACAGCUGGUGAAAGCGCCGAAUCAUACAGUUUCUUUCCAGCCGUGCCACUUGCGUCUGGAAGAUGGAACUGAUCGAACGAUCGCUGCCGAUGUCCAGGUCCGCUUGAUGGGCCUGCAUCGCGCAAAGCACGAAACUGCGGUCAAAAGGCUGGCUAUCCAGGGCGCGGAGGACGAUGCUUCGUCGGAGUCUGAAGCUUCUGAAAACGAGCCUGAGACGGUUGCACCGAUCGACCGCUCCUUCUCCCUGGAGUGGGUGAACAGAAUCUAUGGUAAACUGCACCCAAAGAUCUCCAUCAUCAUCGCCCGGAUGAUGGAAGAUCGCUUCGGCCAGAUUACGCAGAUGUUGCAGGCAAAAAUGCCCGGGCCGCUCAAGGACAUCCACUUCAAGUAUUUCCGCUUGGGU